CGGUCCCUCCCUCCGAGCCGGUCCCUCCCUCCGAGCCGCCACUGCCGCCGCCGUCGCGGCUCCGCCAAAGUUUUCGCCGGUCCCCGCCGGUCCCGAGAUGCGUCCGGGAGCCGCCGCGAUUCCAGCUCCGACAGGGUUGCCCACGUGCCAGGGCCGUCACCAGCACCGUGGAGAAGCUGCUGAAGGCCAGUAGGAAGCCGUGUGCCCUGCGCUGUGUCCCAUGCCUUUGGUCCAGAGGAGGGAUGUCCCAGCCACGUGUCCUCACCGYGCUUGUGCUGCUGCUCUGCUGCCAGGGUCACUCUGGCCAGAUCACAGACAACCUCUACGAGAGAUGGAUGAAGUACAGCGAGGAGUGCCAGCGCAACAUGAGCCGCCUGCCUGCACCCACAGAGCUGGUCUGUAACCGCACCUUCGACAAAUUCUCGUGCUGGCCYGACACGAUGCCCAACAGCACAGCCAGCGUGCCCUGCCCCUGGUUCCUGCCCUGGUACCAGAAAGUGAAACACGGACUCGUCUUCAAGACCUGUGGGCCGGACGGGCAGUGGGUGACGGGGCCCCAGGGACAGUCCCUGCGCAACGCCACACAGUGUGAGCAGGACAACGAGGACCUGAAGGCCCAGGAAAARUUUGCCAAGACCUAUGGCAGCUUCAAGGUGAUGUACACCGUGGGCUAUUCCGUGUCUCUGUGUGCRCUGCUGCUUGCCCUGGCCCUGCUGCUGGGCUUCAGCAAGCUGCACUGCAUGAGGAACUACAUCCACAUGAACCUCUUCGCAUCCUUCAUCCUGAAGGGCGUCUCUGUGCUGGUCAUCGAUGCCCUGCUCAAGACCCAUUACAGUGACAAGAUCGACGGCUACAACGUGCAAGUGUGGCUGAGCGACGAGGCAGCCGCAGGAUGCCGGGCAGCCACAGUCUUCAUGCAGUACGGCAUCGUGGCCAACUACUGCUGGCUGCUGGUGGAAGGCAUCUACCUGCACAACCUGCUGGUGGUGGCCGUCUUCUCCGAGAGGAGCUACUUCACCCUGUACCUGUGCAUCGGCUGGGGGGCACCCAUGCUGUUCCUCAUUCCCUGGGUCAUCGUGAAGUUCCUCUACGAAAACAUCCAGUGCUGGUCCACAAACAACAACAUGGGCUUCUGGUGGAUCCUUCGCUUCCCCGUGUUCUUGGCCAUCCUGAUCAACUUCUUCAUCUUYAUCCGCAUCAUCCAGAUCCUCGUGUCCAAGCUCCGUGCACACCAGAUGCGUUACACCGACUACAAGUUCAGGCUGGCCAAGUCCACGCUGACGCUGAUCCCGCUCUUGGGCAUCCAUGAGGUGGUCUUUGCCUUCGUCACAGAUGAGCACGCCCAGGGCACGCUGCGCUACGUCAAGCUCUUCUUCGACCUCUUCCUGAGCUCCUUCCAGGGCAUGCUGGUGGCCAUUCUCUACUGCUUCGUCAACAAGGAGGUGCAGGCAGAGUUGCUGAAGCGGUGGCAGCGCUGGAAGCUGGGGAAGGACCUGGCUGAGGAGUACAAGCACACCUACAGCCACGCACCCAGCGCCCGCAACGGUGCCGGCAGCACCUGCGAGAAGCACCAGCUGGUGAGUGGCUGCAGCAAUGGGGUGAGGCGCAGCCUGGCCCCCCAGCCCGGCUCCCAGCACCCCGACAGGAGCGGGCGCAGCACGGCCGAGCACCUCGCCUUGGGGGGCCAUCACCACUGCUAUGAGUUUCCUGAGAGCACAGCCGAGAGCCACCUCUGAGCCCGCCGGCGCUGGGAGGGCUGUGCUGAGCCACUGGGAUGCCCAUCCCUCCCUGCCCCAUCCUCGCCAGGCGCUGGCGGGCACCGGACCUGCCACCCUGGUGCGGGUGCUGCGUGGGCACCGACAGUGGGCACAAUGAGGAGUCAAGUGGGACCUGGACCUCUGCAAGGGGGAACUGUGGG